AUUACGAGGGGCUUUUUCCGGAAAACGAGAGUCGACAAAUAGUGAAAGUAGCUUAGAAGAGAAACAACUAUGAGAAGUGAAGUUGGAGCAGAAGACAGGAGAUCAAGACACAGAGAGAUGAAGAAUGAAAUGUGUUUCUCGUGUCUUCAAAAUCGAAUUCACUCAGAUUUCUCGGACAAAGUCAUGUUUAAUUACGCUCUCUCUACUUCUCCCCUACCUUUUGCCACUACUGCUGUUGUUCAGUUAGCAGAUAGUGGUGAGGACGUUUCACCUCAAUUUACAUUGGUUUACAUUCCGAAAAGUGACAGCGCUUGUCUUGUCAAGUACAUUAACGUGCAAAUUGGAGAAACUCUUGAUGGUGAUCGCAAAGAUAAGAAAAACCACAGAAACUUAUCAAUAAUGAAUCAAGACAAAGCAGCGUUUGGUAUUGAAAGGUCCGAAUUAGAAGUUAAAUCCCAUGAAUCUCAAUGUUUCUUAAAUGGUGGAGGGAAAACAUCCUUUGGGUGGUUAGGCUGUGACACUUCCACCUGUAACUUUUCAGGUAGAUUUUCUUGUUUAAGAACAAUUACUGCCUUGGCUCCAGUUUCUCAGAUCGGCAUCACUUCUUAUCCUAUGUUCAAACAGCUUGCUUUGAAGUUCUUAUCUGGGGAGCUAGAAGAUGACAUUCUGUGUUCCCUUAGUGUCCUAAUAGAAGGAAAAGCAACUGGACGAGACAGCGUAAAUUUUCUUAAUCUAGUUGGGGUACCAUCAUUCGAUGAGAAUAUCUCUCCCGGUUGUGUGAGGCAUCCAAACAUAGUUCCCAUUCUGGGAAUGCUAACAUCUGCCGAUCAUGUUAAUCUUGUGCUUCCAAAAGCACCGUAUACUUUGGAGAAUAUUCUCCACUACAAUCCCGGUGCCUUGAAAUCUGACUGGCAUAUUAGAUUUUUAAUCUACCAGUUACUUUCUGCCGUUAGUCACCUGCAUAGUUUAGGGAUUACCCACGGUAGCUUGUGUCCAUCCAAUGUACUGUUAAAUGAUAUGUGCUGGUUAUGGUUGCAUGUUAGUUAUGCCCAGCGGUUCCACUUUAAUAUAGAGUCUAAAAGCGAAGAAAGCUCCACUUUCCCCCCUUUAGAAAUAGGUUGCUGUACUGAGAGAUGCCAUUCACAGGAACUGUAUGCUGAUUUGAAGCUAUCACCAUCUAUAGACUGGCAGUCUAGUUUUAGUAGUUGGUGGACAGGAGAAUUGAGUAAUUUUGAGUAUCUCCUCGUCUUAAACAAGUUGGCUGGAAGAAGGUGGGGUGAUCACACGUUUCACACUGUUAUGCCUUGGGUUAUAGAUUUUAGUGCAAAACCAGAUGAAAAUUGUGAUGUGGGUUGGCGAGAUUUAAGGAAAAGCAAGUGGCGUCUCGCAAAAGGUGAUGAGCAGUUGGACUUUACAUACCUAACGUCUGAAAUUCCUCAUCAUGUAUCUGAUGAAUGUCUCUCUGAAUUGGCCGUCUGCAGUUACAAGGCAAGGAGGUUGCCUUUAAGUGUUUUGCGAAUGGCUGUUCGCUCAGUAUAUGAACCAAAUGAAUAUCCUUCUACAAUGCAAAGACUUUUCCAAUGGACCCCUGAUGAAUGCAUUCCAGAAUUUUACUAUGAUCCUCUAAUAUUUAAAUCUCUACAUUCAGGCAUGUCUGAUUUGGCAGUACCAUCAUGGUCAGGUACAGCUGAGGAGUUUAUCAAUUUGCAUAGAGGUGCUUUAGAAAGUGAGAGAGUUUCUGGUGAAAUUCAUCAUUGGAUUGAUACCACUUUUGGCUACAAAAUGUCGGGUGAGCCUGCAGUUGCUGCUAAAAAUGUCAUGUUGCCUGCAUCAACGUCCACAACCCUAAGAUCAGUGGGGCGGCGGCAGCUCUUUACUCAGCCGCAUCCUGCUCGUCAAUGUGGUGCCAGAAGAUAUCAUAAAAGUCUCAAUGAGUCAUGUUUGCAUGGGCUCAAGGCAAGCGAAGGGUUAGGUGAGAAACUUAUUAUUAAAACUUCAUGUUUACAAGAUUUAGAAGAAAUGGAUUCAUUUUCUGAACAUGCAAGGCAUUUGAGUCCUAUAUAUACUUUCCAGCCGAGGCAUCAUGUUAACAAUGAUCUUUCAGUAGAAGAACUACAAGCAGAGAGUUCAGGCAUGCAUAUAUUGAAGGAAGCUGAUGCUUUCAACAUGUAUAGGACACCGACAAUCAUUGAUUCAAAUUAUCUUCUUGAAAGUGUUGAAGUGGAUAAUGACUGUUUUCUGGGAUAUCAAGAGCUAUUGCUAUGGAAGCAAAAUUCAUCUUCUUCAGAAUUUAUGCCCAAAGUUGGUAAAUUAGAUAUUUUUUCAAUUGGAUGCAUAUUAGCAGAAAUUUACCUGGGGAAGCCUCUUUUCGAUCCAAAGUCAUUGGAAGCCUACUUAAAGACUGGUAUCUUGCCUAAAUUGAUGAAGGGGCUUCCCCCUCAUGCUGAAGUGGUUGUUGAAGCCUGCAUUCAGAAGGAACAGUGGAGGCGGCCUUCUGCCAAGUCUCUUUUGGAAUCCCCAUACUUCCCAGCAACAGUGAGCUCUGUGUACAUAUUUCUAGCUCCUCUUCAACAUCUAUCAACCAUUGGAUCCCGUAUCCGUUAUGCUGCGACUUUUGCAAAACAAGGAGCCCUGAAGGCAAUGGGAGCGUUUGCAGCCGAAAUGUGUGCACCUCAUUGCCUAGUACUUAUAGCAGCAUCCUUAACAGAUUCAGAAGGGGAGUGGGCUUUUAUACUAUUAAAAGAAUUUUUGAGGUGUCUGGAUCCACUUGCAGCAGGGACACUCAUUGUGCCUGCCAUCCAGAAGAUUCUUCAGGCUGCAGGUUAUUCACAUUUAAAGGUUUCUAUACUGCAAGACUCAUUUGUGCAGGAAUUAUGGAAAAGCAUUGGUAAACAGAAAUAUCUGGAGAAGUUACAUCCUAUGGUUCUAUCGAAUUUGUAUGGUGUACUUAAUAAGAGUACUGCUGCCGCGGCCUCUGUGCUGCUGGUUGGCUCUAGUGAAGAGCUUGGUGUCCCAAUUACAAUUCAUCAGACAAUAUUACCUCUGAUUCAGUAUUAUGGGAAGGGUCUCUGCAGUGAUGGAAUUGACGUUGUGAUUAGAAUAGGUGUUCUUUUUGGGGAAAAUUUUGUUGUCAAUCAAGUAUUACCUGUACUUCGAAGCAUUGCUAGCUCAUGUAUUGACGCGUCUCGUGUUAAUAAGCCUGAACCACUGCAGAGCUGGGGUACAUUAGCCCUUUUGGACUGCUUAAUGACAUUAGAUGGCCUUGUGGUAAUUUUGAAGGAGGAGGUGGUUGUAAAGGAGUUGAUUGAAGAGGGAAAUUGUAUCUAUGUACAGGUGCUCAUGCAAUCCACCACAGGAAUCCCAGUGCUCCAGGCUGCUGCAAGAAGUUUAAUUGCAGUUUGUCAUCAAAUAGGACCUAAUUUAACAGCAUUGCAAGUCCUGCCCAAACUCAAAGAUCUUUUCAGUGAACUUGCAUUCUCUCAGGAAGCUUCGGCUAGUUCUGCCUCUUCCGGUGGAAGGGUGAAGGAUUGCAAGAAAAAAACUGACGAGGUUCCAAUUGACAGUCGUAUGGACCUUGUGUUGCUUCUUUAUCCUCCUCUUGCAUCACUUCUUGGUAUAGAGAAACUUCGACAAUGUUGUGCCACAUGGUUGCUUCUUGAGCAGUUUCUUUUACGGUGUUAUAAUUGGAAGUGGGAAUAUACGGGGGAAUCGUCUGGUCCAGAGAAUAUAAACAGUAGAAUUUAUAAUUCGAAGAGUUCAAGAUCCGAGUUUAGUCCUGCUCGAAAGCUGCUUAAUACAUCUGGGUGGUCAAUACCACAAUCACAAGGAUACAAAGGUCCCAAUACCUUGAAGCCUCACACAUGGUCACAUGAAUAUCAUCAUAACCCAGUUGAUCAUCCUGUGAGAUCCUCGAAUGUUGAAAAGCAUGAACCCUGGUAUUGGUUUCCUAGUCCAGCAUCUACAUGGAAUGGACCCUAUGUUCUUGGUCGUGGUGGGGGUUCAAAAGAUGAACUUCCAUGGAAGAUCAAAGCUUCUGUGAUACACUCUGUCCGUGCUCAUCAUGGAGCUGUAAGAUGUUUUGCUGUUCAGCAAGAUGAGUGUAAACUUUUUACUGCAGGAGUUGGUCAAGGAUUUAAAGGAACUAUUCAGAAAUGGGACUUAUCAAGAAUCAAUUGCUUAUCGGGCUAUCAGGGACAUGAGGAGGUUGUAAAUGAGAUAUGUCUUCUGGCAUCUUCUGAAAGAGUUGCCUCUUGUGAUGGAACUGUGCAUAUUUGGAAUAGCCAGACAGGAAAACUAAUCUCUGUAUUUACUGAAUUUUCUGAAGAUUCUGUGCAUCACAUAAGCCCCUUAACUUCUGGAUCAAGAGCAAAUUUGGACCAAGCCAAUAUGCUAAAUUUCAAUCCUCAUUUAAGUGGAAUAAUGACAACUGCAUUUGAUGGAAGUCUGUAUACUAGUUUGCAUUUUCUGCAAAACAUUAAUAGGCUUGUGAUGGGUACUGGGAAUGGCUCUCUCAGAUUCCUUGAUGUGGUCCAAGGUCAAAAACUUCAUCUGUGGAGGACUGAAUCUCCGGAAGCCAGUUUCCCUUCUUUGAUCUCUUCUAUAUGCUCGUGUGGCUCUGACAAAAUGCAAGGUGAUGGAAUUGCAGCUUCGCCAUCAUGGGUUGCAGCUGGACUGAGUUCUGGUAAAUGCAGGUUGCUUGAUGUGAGAAGUGGGCAUAUUAUUGCCUCAUGGCAGGCUCAUGAUGGAUAUAUCACUAAGUUAGCUGCACCAGAGGACCAUAUGCUAGUGUCCAGCUCACUUGACAGAACACUAAGAAUCUGGGAUUUAAGAAGGAAUUGGACAUCGGAAUCUACUGUUUUUAAAGGCCAUAGUGAUAGUGUAUCAGGCUUUUCGGUGUGGGGACAAGAUGUGAUAUCAAUAUCCAGAAACAAGAUUGGGCUUUCUUCUUUGUCUAGACCUGCUUAUGAAGAAGGGCAGCAUUAUGUCACUCCUCAGUAUCUUUACAUGGCAGAUCGCGAAUUGAGGAACCUCUCAGCCUUUUCAAGUAUAACUAUUCUACCAUAUUCCAGACUGUUUCUUCUUGGUACUGAAGAUGGUUAUCUGAAGAUUUGUUGUUAAACAGUUGUAUUGUCAUGUGUGAUAGAUCCAGGUAGGAACCUGCCUGGGCGAUUGUUGUUGGAUAACAUUUUUAAUUCUUAUAUAUAUAUAAUUUGUUACACAAAUUGAACAGUUGGAUUGAUUAGUUCAGUUGUGAAAUUCCCUGUAAUUAGUAUUUUGUCAAAUAUACAAUUUUCAGAAUUCAGAUCA